AGGAUCACACCUUGAAGAAAUUUCCUGACCCAGCAGAUUGAAGACAGCUGAUUGGCUGAGUGGAUCCUGGGCUGGCUGAUUGGCUGAAGAGAGGCCAAGGCGAUCGUGGGUUUUCUUUAGCUCCACCCUGAUGGAUGAUGGGAUCAUCUUUGAGAGCAUGAAGACUCCUGAUUUCUCCAUCUUAGAACUCCUGUCUCCCCCCUGCCUGGACCCUCCCUCACCCCCCUGCCUGGAACCUCCCUCUCCUCCCUGCCUGGACCCCCCCUCACCUCUGUCAGCCACCCUCACUCGCUCUGACUGCUUGGUUCCAGAAGGUGGGGUGGUAGGGGCUGCUACCCCCCGGGUCUGUGACAGGUCUUCUUUGGACUCUUGUUCUCAGCCUGUGCCAGGUGCCCAUGGAGAAGGGUCUGGAUCCUCCUACCAGGUCCCAGAGUUUGCCAUCCUCUGCCUAUUACAGGAAGCUGCCAAGCUAGUCCCAGCUUUAAAACCCUCCAAGCCCUCCUAUCACUACAGCCCAACAGCAUCUGGGAAUCAUAGCAGCUCCACUCUGACCCCGUCUGACAGCUCCCCCAUCUCCCCUCUGCCCCAAUGCCUCCACACAGGGUAUUCCACCAGGCUGUCUGGGUGGGAAGGACAAAGCCCCCAGAGUGAGGAGGGCACAGGCAGACUAAGGCAGGAGCUGUAUCCUAUCACUGAGGACCAGGGCCAGGGUGACUCCUUACCAAUCGAUGAACAAUCUGGCAGGAACUGUGUUCCAGUGCCAGACGAUUGGAAUGAGAGUGCUGAGGGCAGAUACCUGUGUGAUCCAGGGAAAACAUCGGCUCCAGGCUGGGACGACGGGCUUUCAGAAACUGGGAGGGCCAGCGUUUCCCCAAAGAGGGGGGUCCGUGUGAAGAGUUUGAGCUGUGGUACAGGGAGCAGUGAGCAUGCUGAGGUGACAGGAAGAUGGGCAGGAGAGCCUGGGACAAAUGCAGGGGUCAGAAGCUGGGUAACCAAUGAAGGCAGCUGUUCUGAGGUGGGGCUGAGGGCUGAUGGGGAUAGUAAGGAGUGUACAGCAGGAGUGACAACAUCAUCAGCGCCCGAAUCCAGAGAUUACUGUCGAUCUGGGACAUCGGAUUCCUGUUCUGGGACCCUGCAGCAGACUCGGAAACCCCGUAAACAGCCGACCCCCCACCGCAGUGCGUUCUACGGGGACCCCAGCUUCGAAGGUGUGACUCUGUGCAUGGAGCGGCGCAUUGUGAGUGCAACUGACUGUCAGCUCCACAUCACUGCUCACUACAGCCCUGGACUUCAUCGGAAACUCCUGAAGAUCCGAUCUCGUCGUAAGAAACCGGAUCCUUUGGCAAGAUUCAGCAGCUCUGAGGAGGACUCCCCUAAUGCUGUGUACGGGAAGAGCUGUGUAUCCUGUGGCACUGGGAAAACCCCACUGUGGAGAGACGCAGAGGAUGGGACACCACUGUGUAACGCGUGUGGAAUCAGGUACAAGAAAUAUCGCAUUCGCUGCUCCAACUGUUGGCACAUCCCCAAGAAGGAAGGGUUAGCAUUUGUCCGCUGCCUUCGGUGUGGUGAUCCUCUGAGAGCCCCGAUUACACAGCGCCGAGCGUGUAUGCACUGACAGGCACCCUGCCAUCUGCCCAGUCUGUCAGGGUGGCACUCAGCAGGCCCAGCACAGGCAGGGAGAGCAGGCUGAAUGGAUACCAUCUGUCACUGGGCUGGAAUCAGGGCCAAGAAGCUGACUGUUGGCUCUUUAUUGUGUGUGAGGGACAAGAAUGUGUUUUUGUCAGGUGCUUGAAACAAUUUGUAAAUGGUCAAUUGGGAGCAGUUUGCAGUGAGUUUCUGACUGCAUGCUGAAUGCUGUGGAAUGAUCUAGAACUCUGCUGAGAGACCCUCUCUCUCCGUCUGUCUGUCUUGGGUUCCUUGUUCUGUCAGGUUUCUUUUUUUUUUUGAUGUGUGUUUAUCUCAAUAA